CAGCGCGUCCUCCAGCGGGCUCCUCACAGCCUCUCGCUGGCUCGUACUCGGCUCCUGUCCUGAUAUCACUCCGCUGGCAUGGUGGAGGAGCGGACCUGAUUAUUGUGAUGGUGGCAGGCGGCAGCCAGUGACUACAGACUUCCGCCACAGCUUCCAUAUCCGCGUUUUGCGCCGUCGGGGCUCCUCGAUCUGCCUCACAACUGGACUACCGAGGGCGCCUCAGCAACAUCUUCACCGGGAUUUCUCUCAAACCAAAACCAUAUGAGAUGCAAGUUCACUGGGAAACUCCGGAGCCCGUUCGGUUUAGGCAGCAAAACUUUUUCUCAAAGGACAACACCGUGAAACGGCGAGCGGACUGUUGCUGCCGCCGCCGCCGCUGCUGCUCCUCCGCGGGACGGGCUGAGUGUGUGUGACCGCCGGCUCGGAGCUCCGCCGUAUUGUUGUGUUUUUCCCCCCGGAGGAGUUGUUGUUUGCAGCGGCUUCGUUGUUGAACCCAGUUUGGGGCUUGUUUCGGGUGUUUUUCGCGGAGGAGCCACAUGACCGCUCGGCUCGCAGCCCUUUAAACCUCCCCGGUUGUCGGUCGAACCCUCCGCCCGCUGCCCGGCUGUUCCCCGGACCUUUCGCCGAGGAGGACGCGCUCAGAGCGGGGACACUCGCUGGUGGAGGUGGAGGUGGCCGGAGGAGGAGGAGGCGGCGGCGGUGGUGGUGGUGGUGGCGGUGACUGGGGGAAAAGUUCUUCCAAAAUAGCAGCCACUCGGCGCGGUAAUGGGGGACUUCGCCUCCCCCGCUGCCGGACCCAACGGCAGUAUCUGCAUCAACAACAGCAUGAACCCGGCCGCCGGCAGCGUGGUGCCCGCCGGGGCGGUGGGCAUCCCUAAGCACAGCACGGUGGUGGAGCGGCUCAGGCAGCGGAUAGAGGGCUGCCGGAGACACCACGUAAACUGUGAGAGCCGCUACCAGCAAGCCCAUGACGAGCGGCUGGAGAUAGAGCGCCGGGAGACUGUGAACCUGUACCAGCGGAGUCUGGAGCAAAGGGCCAAGAAGUCUGCAGGAGGCAGCGGCAGUGGCAGCAGCAAGCAGCCGCAGAGCAAGCAGCCGGACCCGGACUCAGCCUCCUCCACGGAGCAGAGGAAUAGCACGCUCAUAGCGCUCCAGGAAACCGUAAAGAGGAAGCUGGACAGCGCUCGGUCACCUCUUAAUGGAGACCAGAAUGGCAUCUGUGAUGGAGGCAGCUACUCUCCGACCACUAAACGGGUCCGGAAGGAGGGCUCCGGUGGUUUGGACUCGCUAACAAGUCUCCCAAACAACAACAACAAUGUGCCGCCCAUCUCCCCACUGCAUCACCAAAUGGACAUUAAGCCUCUACUCAGUGGGCCCAACACCUCCAGCGGAAACAACACUACGAACAGCAACGGCACCCACGUGGGCCGGGCCUCAGACGAGCUGGGGAAGAACGGCGGCAGCCACCUCCCAGACAUGAAGCUGAACGGCUCGCUGGACCUGGAGGACAGCUUCGGCCUCCUCAAGGACCUGAAGCAGGAGCCACUAGACGACGGAGGCGGGAUGGAGUCCUCAGACCCGCAGUCUCUGUCCAAUCAGAACAAACUGUUCUCUGACAUCAACCUCAAUGACCAGGAGUGGCAAGAGCUGAUCGACGAGCUCGCCAACACCGUGCCCGAGGACGACAUGCACGACCUCUUCAACGAGGACUUUGAGGACAAAAAGGAGGCGGAGUUCGGCAGGCCGGCCAACAAUCAGACGCCGGGACCGCAGGAAGCAGCCGGGAACACAACGGCGCCCGGAGGAGGGGCGGUGCCAGCAGCGGCUCUUCCUCCUCCUCCUCCUCAGCCGCCGCAAGGAGGACCGCAGGUUCCUAUGGGGUCACCCCAGGUGCGGCCAUCAUCAUCGGGCCCUCAGUUUGCCACCACUGCCAAUGGGACGCCUCCUCAGCAACCUCUGCAGCAGUCUCCAGCUGUUGCCAUGGCAUCAGGUUCACCGCUGCACAACUGCGUGGCUCGAUCCCCUCAGACGCCCACCCAGGCUCAGACACAAGCAGUCUCUCGGCCUGGGAAUGGCUACAUGAUGAACCCGGGCCCAGGGGUCAGUCAGGCGCCAGGCUCAGGUCCUGGAGCGGCGGGCGUCGCCCCCGGAGGUCAGCCCGUGGGACCGGUGACGCCUGAGCUUUCUCCCGCAGAGCAGCUCAAAGCGAUGGCUCAGCAACGCGCUAAACUGCUGCAGCAGAAGCAACAGCAAGCGGCUAACUGGUCCCCUGCAGGCGCUCCAACCAGCCCCUACAACUCCGGACCCUUUAACCAGGACAAACCCAACAGCCCCAUGAUGUACCCACCGCAAGCCUUUAAUGCACCGCAGGGCCCUCUAGUGGCUGGGAUGGCACCCAACAAUGGGCCCAAAGCCCCCAUGAACAACUACCUCCCUCACAACCACAUGGGCAUGAUGGGCCAGCAGCAGCCAAACAGCAUCAACCAGAACGCCCUGUCCAAGCAGCAGCAGCAGCAGCAGCAGCAAACGGCAGCCAUGUUGUCCUACAACAACACCAAACCACUGAGUCACUUCAGCGGCAGCGGGGUCGAUCACAUCGGUCAGAGGAUGACUCCGCCCAUGGGAGGGAGCAGUCAGGUGAAGAACCCCAUGAUGCCGCCUUACAUGGGUGGUGCUGGAGGCGGCGGUGGAGGCGGCCAAGGGGCGGGGCCUGGGCAGACGCAGGGUCCGAUCCCGGGUCAGACGGCCCACCUGAGCGAGGAGCAGAAGAGGAUGCUGCUGAUGAAGCAGAAGGUGUUGAACCAGAGCAUGCCCUACAGCACCAUGCAGCCUCACGGACAGGAGCAAGGUGUGGUGGGAAUGUCACGACCGCCCGGCGCCAUCCCACCUCCUCACCCGGCUGGGGGCGUCGCCUCCGGUGUGGGCCCCAACCAGGGGUCAGGUCCACCUCCGGGCUACGUGGGCAACCAGCAGCAGGCGGCCAUGAUGAAGCAGAUGAUGGUGAUGGAGCAGGAGAAGAGGGUGCAGAUGCACAUGAUGGAGCAGCAGAAGCAGCAGCUCUUCAGAGAGCAGCGGCAGCAGCAGCAGCAGCUCCUGGCUGAACAGCUCCAACAGCAGCAGCAUCUCCCUCGACAGAUGGCCCAGGGCCAGAGGAAUCCAUAUCCCCAAGUCAAUCAGUACCAAGGUCCUCCCCAGGAUCUGGCGUCAAGGAGCCAAGCUCUCCGGGCCACACGUCUCCUACAACAGCAGCAGCAGAACCAGCAGCAGAUGGUCCAGAUGAGUUCUGUUCAGGGCCAAGGAGGCUCUGUGGGACCCCAGACUGACAUGGGAAUACCAUACGGCAACCAGGGGUCCAACCAGGGCUCCCUGUAUGGGCUCAACCCCUCCAUGAGCCAAAUGAUCCACCAGCAGCAGCACCAGAGCCAAAGCGUCCAAGCCUCCAUGGGUCUUCCACCACAGCACAACCCCGCCGGAGGGCCACCUCGGCAGGCAGGUGCAGGUCCUGGGGUUGGAGGAAUGGCCGGAGGCCCCGGGGGUGGUGGUGCUGGUGGCUAUGGAGGACAAGGGAUGUUAAUGAAUUCCAUGACUCAGCAACCUCUCAAAGGCCCUCCUAAUGCCAAAGCCCAAGCACAGAGACUGCAAAGCAUGCUGGGAGCAGGAGGAGGUGGCGGGGGGAUGGCGGCAGGGGGAUGGCCACAGCAGCAGGGACAAGGUCUGCAGGCCAUGGGAGGAGGAGUGGGAAGGACUACAGGCGGAGGUGGAGGAGACAUGGUGGGGUUCAGCUCAGCCCAGGGUUACGGGAUGCAGCCGGGUCAACCCCCACGCAUGGCCAAGCAACACUUUCAGGGCCCAGGACAGGGGAUGAGCCAGGGGAUGGACCCCAGAGUGGGUCACCCAGCAGCAGGUAUGGGCGGCCCGAUGAUGGGCCCUCACAUGGGCGGUCAGCCAAGGACCAACCAGCCCCGGCCCAUGGUCAUGAACCAGGGGAUGAGCCAGGGGGUGAUGGGCCAGGGGAUGAGUGGGAUGGGGGGGUUCGGGCCGGGCCCUGGGGGUCCAGGGAUAGGGGCAGGGGGCGGAGGAGGCGGACCCUACGGACCAGGGGGAGUCGGGGUUGGAGGUCAGCCGCAGGGCUACCAGAGGACAGCCAAUCAGGACAUGUCAUCCUAUGGAUAUGGGGGCGGGCCCUCAGGUGGAGGAGCCUUCGGAUUGGGCGAUGGCUCGGGGGCAGAGCUGGACUCAAGCGACGGUUGGAUGGAGGAGUUUUUCCCGAGCCAAUAGCCAACAGGGAAGGUUUUAACUGGAUGAACUGAACAUUAAAGUCGGACAAAAACCUGAGAAAGUGAAACAAAAAGGAUGACACAACGUGGACUGGCAUGUUUUCUGUUUUGUAAAACAUGAGCAAGGUUAUAAAUGAGUUCUUGUAUUAUGUUUGGUGUGUAUGUAUGUGAGUGUAUGAGUGCGUGUGGAGAGAGCUAUCAUCAUGUCUUGUGCAUAUUAAUGAAAAACCAAUAUAGAGAUUAAAAGGUGUGUUUCAUUAGUUUCCCUUUUUUCUCCAUGGAAUAAUUUUUUUGUCAGUGUUUAAAAGCGAGCCCUGUUUACACAGCAGCGCUUUGAGCUUCGGCAGGGGCUGAUUGAAAACCACGGACUGAUGAGGGGGAAGGAAGACUUGUUCUCAAGACGGCAAUUUAUUUGUGUUUGUGUGUUUGUGCCACCCAGCUCAGUGCUUCAGAUCUCUCAGCUAUGUGAGGAGCUGAAGGGAGUAGAAAGCGCUCUCAAUGCUCCCAUUUCCACUCUCAGAUUUUUGCCCCCCACACAUAUAUACAGACACACAUCUGUUUCACUCUCUUCACUUGAUCUGCCUCUUUCUCAUCCUUUUCCUCCCGUCUUUCCCACCUCCUCUCCAGAGACUUCUUCCUCGCUCUCCUUUUUCUCUGUUGAAAUUGUGCACAUCACAACAGAACAAAUGAUGUUCCUCUAUUGAUGCCACACGCUCGGCCCUCUAGUGCUUUUGCUAGGCAACCGACCUGGGUGGUGCUUUUUUAAUUUAAAUUUUUUAUUUUUUUUUGGUAGGGGUUUCAUAUUUGUGGAUGACGGGUGUGCACGUAGAGGGGAGACAAAAGAAGGCGGGGAGAAAAUAGGCAGCUAAAGCAAGCACUUGGACUCAAAAGGCACACAGAUACAUGCACACAACAAACAAACAAACCCGGGAGGAUGCGCGAGAGGCAGCUAACGGAGCUAAUAUUACAUUUUGUCUGCGUGACACAAAACCACAUCACAUCACAUUGAAGCAAAACGAUAUCGCUGAGCACUGAAUGUAUUCAAAGCACCACAAGUGACUUCUUCUUUUUAAGGUAAAAAAUUGAAAUUAAAAUUUUAAAAAGCUCAUUAGAAAGCCCACCCACAUUAUUCUGUUGUGUUUUUUUCUAUCUUUAAUGUUAAUGCUGGUUGUGUUUUUGUCAACUAAAAGAGGAAGAGAAAAAAAUUAGCCUGUUUAGUUUGUGUUGUCUUUUGGAGAAAACCUGUUUGUGCAGCCUUUUCCUUGUCAAUCAACCUUUUUUUUUUACAUUGUGGCUUCUCUCACAGCUCCAAACUAACUGUGCUAUACUGUAACACUACUGUGAAGAAAUAAGAGUUCACCCCACUUUUCCAGUGCUUUUUAUGAACGAAGGAGAACGAACCACUGCUCAGCCUUUAUUUUGAGGAGAAUCAAGCCGGUUAGCAUCGAAAUAAUCAGUGCUUCCUCUGAAGUCUCCCCUGUAUUUGCUGUACACCUGGCAUUCAUUCAUCGACACUCUUUUGCCGCGAUGUUCAGCGAUAACAGGUCGGAUAGGUUUGAAUACAGUCAUAACAUCUUAUAUCUCUAACUGUUCUGUGAUCUUGGUUAAAAAGACGAAUGAAAGCGUGUCUGUUCGUGCAUUACUUUGUAUUUAGCUCAUCAGAGUGACCGUUUUGGAGGAUGAUGCUGUAAUCAACAAAACCAAAAAGCCUUCUUCUUCUUCUUGUUCUUCUUCUCUGUAAACUAACUCCUUGUCAUCAUCGGUUCUCAUGGUUGUUGGUGUUGUAUAAUCCAACCCUUUAAAAACUUUUAACCACGCCCGUCGUCCUGUAAGCUGCGUUUGGUAGCACCCGCGAUUGAGGUUCUGUAACUUUUUUUUGUCAUGUUUGGUGGAGCCUCCGUCUCACUGUGGAGUCUGAAGACGUGUUGGGUUGUUGUAGCGGUCAGUGGUGAGCUGAUUAAAAGCUGCAGCACUUUGUGCUUCCCAAACUUUGAUACCGAUCCUGCAGGCUGGCAUAUCAAAUUCAGUGCACUGGACCAGUGGAAAUGUAGGAAAACACCUGAGGUUAACUGCUUCAAAAUAAAGGCAGGAAGGUAUAGAAACACGUCUGGGUUGGUGUUUAAGGUCAUGGCCUUUGUGACCUGUUCUGUUAAAGGUUCGUAAUCUGGUCUGAAAUCCCUUCAGGAUGAGAAAGGAAGCUUCCUCCAAAUAUCAUUAUGUACCGGGACCAAGUCUGUAGACAACAUUUUAACAAAAAUUGUUGUUAUUGAUGUUCUUUGUUUUAUUUUAUUUUGUUUUUUACUGGUGCUGACAUAUAUGUGAUUAUGAGAAAAAGUAUAUAAAAGAUAAUGGCUAUUUGUAAAUAUGUUUUUACAGGUUUAAAUACAUCAGAUAAUACAGUCUCUACUCUGUAAAGAAUUUACUGUUUGUUGGAAAAUAGAGAAGUAUUUUUAUUUUGAAGUUUUUUGGUUUCACUUUUAACCCAUCUGAGCUAUGCCAUUGCACUUCAGACAAUGUCUUACUACUAAUUUGUAUUGUAAACCUCCUCUCUUUUUUGGAAUUUUUUUUAUUUGUUUUUUUUUUUCUAGUUUGAGAUUUCACUCGGUUCUUAAGCAGUGCUUAUUUCUUUUUAUCCUGUACAGAAUUCUGAAAUGUUAACAAAAGAGAAUUACAAAAGAUUUUUUUUGUUUGUUUUUUCAAAAAGAUACAAUAAAGAGAGAAUGUUCUCGCUGAUCAUAUUAAA